UAUGUUGCAUCAUUAUCGAUUCACAACACUAGAUUGCGAACUUGAAAGUUCCAUUUUACUACGGAAAGUUAAGAACCGAAACGUCUUAAACUAUUCUAACGCAAUAAACUAUGAUAACGUAUUAAACUAUUUAACAUUAAUUAUUGUUAAUAUUUUUUCUAUUCGUUACAAAUUAUGUCAAUUUGGGAUACUCUUUCCGAACGGUUAAAUAGAAAAGUUUGCGUUUACGUAGUUUGUAUAUUGUUGCCAUUCAUACUAUCACCGUUAGCUGUAUCUUCAUUACCAGAGACAAGAUGUUCCUAUGUGAUAAUAUUGGUUGCAUGUUAUUGGCUCCUAGAACCGAUAUCAAUAUUUAUGACUGCUCUUCUACCUGUGUUUCUUUUGCCAGUAUUAAAUAUUGUUGGAUCAGCAGAUGUGUGUUUAAACUAUUUGAAAGAAUCUCACAUGAUGUUUAUUGGGGGCUUAAUUAUGGCUAUUGCCGUAGAAGAAUGCAGGUUACACGAAAGGAUUGCUUUAAAAACUCUACUACUCAUUGGUACUGAAAUUAAAUGGCUGAUGCUGGGAUUUAUGCUGACGACGAUGUUUCUAUCAAUGUGGGUGAGCAACACAGCAACAGCGGCAAUGAUGGUCCCCAUUGUCGAAGCUGUUCUCUCAAAAAUCACCAAUCCAGUGGAUCAAAACAUUCCUCUGGAGGAAAGGAGGUCCAUUAAUAUAUCUGAUUCAUCUUUAACAGAGAGUAAACAGGUGGAUCCCCUUAAUGAGGAAGAAACUUCAGGAGCAGAGGGUAAUUUGCAACGAUCCAGUACACUUAAAAUUGCACUUCUACUCAGUAUCUGCUACUCUGCCAAUAUUGGAGGAACGGGUACUCUUACUGGAACAGGUCCAAAUCUAGUCUUCAAAGGACUCUUAGAAGAGCUUCAUCCCAAGAGUAAGGAAGUAACAUUUGCAUCAUGGAUGAUGUACAACAUACCAGGAAUGGUAUUGUGCGUUUUGAUUGGAUGGUUCUACUUGUGGAUGGUAUACAUAAAGUGCUCAAAAUCCGACAACAAAGUAGCUUCAAAGGAAGUUAUACAAGAAAUUAUUUCGAAGAGAUAUACAGAGCUGGGAUCCAUACAGUACCACGAAGCUGAAGUGAUGGUCUUAUUUCUAAUAUUGGUGAUUUUAUGGGUAUUUCGUGAUCCAAAAUUCAUCCCUGGUUGGUCAGGAUUAUUUUAUUCUGGAAAUCUGAUAGGGGAUUCAGUGCCUGCCAUAACAGUUGCAUUUCUGCUGUUUUUCCUUCCUUCCAACAUCAGAAAUCUCAACAGUCGUCCAAUAUUGGGAUGGAAAACAGUUCAAACAAAAUUGCCAUGGGGUAUACUUUUGCUAAGUGGAGGAGGAUUCGCUCUGGCAGAUGGCGCCAAGAAAUCGGGACUGUCUAAAUAUGUGGGAGAGCAACUGACGUCUCUUCAAGUCCUGCCAUCCUCUGCAAUAACAGCCAUUUCGUGUUUCAUGACAGCCAUGAUUACGGAAGUAGCAUCCAACUCAACCACAGCCACAAUACUUUUGCCUGUCUUCAGUCAAAUGGCUUUAGCUAUUCAUGUGAAUCCUUUAUACAUUAUGCUACCUGUAACUGUUGUUUGUUCAUACGCCUUCAUGCUACCGGUUGCAACAGCACCCAAUGCCAUUGCUUAUCAGAGUGGUAACAUGAACACAAUCGAUAUGGUAAAACCUGGAUUUGUCAUGAAUAUAGUUUGCUGCAGUAUUCAGAUGUUCAUGUUGAACACACUAGGCGUUGCCUUAUUUGAUUUGAACACUUUUCCUAGCUGGGCUGUUGAUGGCGACGUACUCUCUGUAAAAAAUGAAACAUUUAACAGUACGUUCAGCUAAUGAAAUGAGUACUGAUGUUCAAGUUAUGUAUAUAAUAAAAAAUCUGAAAACUUGG